GGAAUAACUGCCCCACCCCGACAGGUCUGAGCAGACGCAGCACUUGUCAGGUUCAUCCAACAGUGAAGACAGAUCUUCAAGUCCGGUGAUCCGUGCCCUCCUCGGUGUCCCAGCAGGCAGGCAUGGCAGACGGUCAGCAGCCAGAGGAGCACUGGGCCUCCAACGGGCAAGAGAACGGCGAGAAUGGCUACUCCGCCUACAGCUCUGCCUACAGGGAGAAUGGAUACCAUGGUGGGGCAGCUGCACAUCCUGGGACAACAGUGGAUGACUCAGCCAAUUUGCCUCCCUCCCCUCCCCCCUCUCCAUCCGCUGAGCAGAUUGGGCCCGUGGCACAAGAAGAUAAAGUAGAGGUUGUCAGUCCCGACAGUUACCAGGAGGAAGUGACAUAUGAGCAGCCAAGAGACUUGCUCUUAGAGCAGACAGAUUUUGUAACAGAGCCCCAGGCUUUGGGCUUCCAGCAAGCCCAGACACCUGAGGUCCUCAAUGGAGGAAGUCAUCAGAGUGAACACAGCACGUCACAAAAAGCCCAGCCCGAGGAGUGUAUCAGUAAGGAGUCUCAUGAGCCUGCUGUGAAAGAAGAUGAGCCUCAAGAGGCGUCGCUACAUCAGAAGCAGGCGGCAGUUGAAAGAGCAACACCUGAAGGGGCAGAACUUGCCUCGAUCGAACCUCCCCCUCCCUCUGUGAAAGAAAAAGAGCUAUCUGAUACUUCCUCAGCUGAGCAGGGUAAUCAAGAGAGAAAGGGUCGGGUAGAAGAGGCCACUGAGAGCCACCUAAUUGCAGAGUCAAAAGCAAAAGAAGAAAAACAGCCUUCGCCAGCAGAAGAGUUGGGAAUUAUAACAGAAGACAAAGAAGGAAUUAUCUUGUCAAGCAAAUCAGAAACCCCUGUGAAUGAAGGAAAGGAAAAACUGGGGAUUGAUGAUGGGAUAAAUAAGGAGGCCCAAAAUAGUGGCAACGACAAUAAAUUGCAUGAGACGCCUGUGACUGACAUUCAUCAAGUGGAUCAAAAGGAAGAAACCGACAAAUCAAGUCCAAAACCUGGUACAGAGUUGAAAUCCUCAUCUGAUGUUUUGGUGGAACAGGAGUCAGGAUCAAAAAGCUACUUUGAAACAUCAUCAAAAAGCAACAAAGAGGAGACUCCACAAACCCAGAGCUAUUAUGAGCUCAGCACAGCAGCAGAGACAAGGUUAAGUGGGGACACUGAAAUUAUGGAGAAGUUAGAGGAACAACAGGAUAGAAAAGUCAGUACGUCUCCUGGUAAGAUGUCAUUAGAACAGAGAAGCCUCUCCGUGAACAUAACAGUUGGGUCCACAGAGAAGGGAGAGAAAUCAAGGACCCUCUCAGAAAGCAUGUCUCCAAUCAGUGGAAGUUUUGAUGAAUCAGAAGUUUACCCUUCAACACCAUCUGUGAAGACCCAUACACCCAGUUUUCCUCCAGCUGUCUCCAUUACCCCAACUUCCACUGAAUCACCUAAAGAUACCCCCACCCAGGCAGAAACACCUUUACCUUUUGAUAAGGACAGUUGCAGUCUUGAGCAAUCAAGUAGUCUCUCUGAGAUGUUGGACUUGGCCGGGGCCCUGCCUCGGCUUUCCGUAGAGAAUAGGGAGGUUGACCACAUGAGACGAAAGUCCAUGCCUGCAAAUGUAUCAGCUCUGGUUGGGAGUUCUUUAGCCAAGCUUGCUUUGGGAGAUCAGACCCCAAGGGUGGUGGGUGGGGAAAGCCAGCUGGAGGAACUAGGUUACUGUGUAUUUAGUGAAUACUCGGGGCCCAUGCCUUCUCCUGCGGAUGUGCCCAGUCCAGGGGACUCUCCAUACCAGCGCUUCCCUGCUAUGGAGGGUGAAGUUGAACAGGAGCUUGGAGCUACAGAAGUUGAGGGGGUCCACAAAGGAAUGCAACAAGAAGACCAUAAAGGAAUUGUCCCUGAGACUUCUCAAAAAGCUGUGAUGGAAAAAAAAGAAGCACCAGUAAAGACUACUCUGAUUCUAGAAAGAGCUCUGACAAGCGGAAUAAAACCUGAUCGCUUAAGAAUCCCAAUCCCUACUUCAAAAGACAGACUAACUGAGUUUCGCUUGGAGAGUGGCCUUCCUGGUGACAUAAAGAUCCAAGCAAUACCUGAGGUAGACAUUGAAAAAGACCCCUCAAGAGAGGCUUCUCCCAUCCCGCCUGACCAUUCCUUUACGUUUACUCCUUCUGAAACUGGAGUUAAGGUUCCCCCAACUCCCUCCACUCCCAAGUCACCAGAUGAUACACCCUCAGAAACCCAAGUUAUUGAGGAGAACACCAACAAAAUCUUACCAGAAGUCAAAGCAGAGAACGAUCCAGAGUCUGAAAAGACUGAUAAUAAACAGACAGAGUUAGAGAAAGAAAUUAAAAAACCUGAACAGGAAGUCUCAGAAGAAAGUGAAGAACCUGAAAUGGUAAAUAGAGACCUACAUUCAACACCAUCUCAGUCUUCACGAGAGAGCACAGAAAAACAUGACAAGACAAUCCAAAGUGAACAUGAGACGCCUACAAGAUUAGAAGGAACAGAAACGCAAGAGACCUCAAAAGUUGUACAGGAUUUAAGCACUGAAAAGCCAGUAGAUAAGAAAGAUUCCCAAAUUCAGUUGCAGGAGGUGAAACUGGAAAAAGACUCACCAAAGCCACAUAUAUCUUCCCCAGUCAUUAUUAUUCCUCAAGCACAAAUAGACGAAGAAGCAGAUGAAGACGACGAUAUUGAGAUUGCUGAAGAGCCUCGAGAGAUAAUGGAGGAAACUGAGGUGCCUGUACUCUGCAGGACUGAUCAAGCUGAAGUUGGAAAGGGACAGGAAAAGCAAGAAGGGAUGAAGCUUCUGGAAGCUCCUGGGAUGGUGGAUGAAGAUCCCAAAUCUGGUGCAGAAGAAUGGAGUCAUAGUGCACUAAACAGUGAUGAUGGGGAACCUGCAACUGACAGUUCACACUUGUCUCCAUGCUCUGACCAUGGCUUACAACAACCACCAGAGGAAGGAGACAGAGAUGAGAAGAUGGGCGAGGAUAAAGUUGUAGACAACCUACAAAAUAAGGAAAAAGGGAAGAAAGAGGAGGAUGAGGAAGUAAAGAAAGUCCAAACAGAAGAGGAGGAAGCGGAGGAAACUGGUUCUGGUGAAGUAGUUGAAGAGAAAGAGGAGAAAAAAGUGGAGAAAGAGGAUGAUGGGGAGGAAAGGACGAGUGAAAAGGGGGGUGAAAAAAACAUUGAGAUUGCUCAGGAGGUGGAAGAGACCAGUCAGGCAGUUAACGAUGAAACCACCAUGGACAUCUCUAUCCUAGACACAGACAGUGGCUGGAUGGACUCACAAGAUGAUGACAAAAGUAUCAUGACUGAGCAAAUCGAAGCCCUUCCUCAGACCCAGAGUCCUACCAGUACACCUGUGGUGGACAGACCCGCUAAACGGGCGCUUGUCAGAGGAAGGGGCCACCCUAGCAUCACUGAGAGUAAAGUGUCCCGCAAAGUACCCAGCCACCAUCCAAGAGAGGAGAUGAAGAAGAAAAAAGUAGGCAUACGGAGGGCUGACCAGAAUAAGGUGUCAGCCCUCCAAAGUCGCUCUCCAUCUCGAAAGAGUGUAGCCAAAGUGCCGGCCAGACAUCCUAGGCCCGCUCUGCUUCACGGCUCUGCUAGACGCAAGGUCACAGGUGAACACUUUUCACCAGGAAUCUGUUUGGAAAGCCAUCAGCCCCUCAGUGUUCACCAGUCCAGGGAGAGACCCACCGAGAGAGCAUACCGCAGCCCAGAGAAGAGGUCAUCCCUCCCCAGGCCUGCCAAGUCUCUGACACGCCACAUCCCUGCUGCUGAACAAGAUGAACACAGCAGCCCCUCCAGGCCAACCUCGUUCCAGUCCAGAGGAGACAGCAGGUCUGGGAGAGCCGCUAGUAUGGCAGGCACAGACUCGGCACGUUCCCGGUCAGUCCGUAGCGGCGCCUCCACCCCCGGCUCCUCAGCCGUCACGCCUGGCUCACCCCCUAGCUACUCCUGCCGCACUCCUGGCUCGCGCACCCCUGGCAGCCACACACCCAAGUCCUUCAGCAUCCUCCAGGAGAAGAAGGUGGCGGUCAUCCGAACCCCACCUAAGUCACCAUCCUCCGCCCAGCGGCAGCUGAAGGUUCUCAAUCAGCCCCUGCCUGACCUUAAGAAUGUAAAGUCCAAGAUUGGCUCGACCUCCAACCUUAAACACCAGCCGAAAGGAGGACAGGUUUUUAUUCCAAGUGUUAAACUGGACUUUAGCCACGUUCAGGCUAAAUGUGGCUCCCUGAACAAACUCCAUCAUACAGCAGGCGGGGGAAACGUCCAAAUCCAGACCAAGAAGAUAGACUUGAGCCACGUCACCGCCAAAUGUGGCUCCUUUUCCAACGUCCACUACAGACCAGGGGGAGGUCAUGUGCGUAUUGAGAAUACGAAGCUGGACUUUAAAGACAAGGCCCUUGCCAAGGUUGGCUCCCUGGAUAAUGCCAGCCACACUCCCGGAGGGGGGAACAUUAUGAUCGAGAGCCACAAGCUGUCCUUCCGUGAAACAGCCAAAGCUCGGGUGGACCAUGGCGCGGAAAUUGUCGUCACCCACUCCCCCGGGAUCGAGACGGGAGGCACUUCACCUCGCCUUUCUUCCGCCGGCAGCAUCAACAUCCUGGAGUCACCCCAGCUCUCCACACUGGCCCAGGAUGUCACCGCUGCCCUGGCCAAGCAAGGCUUAUAAGCUGCCUGCCUCCACUUCGGAUAAUCUCAAAAAUCCACACCAUUUCUCCUUUACCCAUCAGUCUUAUUUACUCAUAAGCAUCCAGUGUUCUCCCAUGGUCCUUCACUGCAACAUGACCCCCACCCACACACACUCUCACUCAAACCCACAGGUUCCACAGUUGUAGUUGAUUGACUGUCUCGUCUGUCAAUAACCCUUUCAGCCCUUCCGCAGGGAUCUUAAAAACUGAAAUCUAAGAUUAUUCUUCAUUCACUCCCUUAAAAGGGCUAGAGCCCGCUCACAACUUGUUUUUCAUUCUUUUUUUUUUUGAUCACUCAACUACAGACUUUUUUGUUCUAGAUAGGCUGAGUGCAAAGGUUUGAGUGGAUGUGUUUGUCUUAGAAGGCGUUGUCGGUUUUAUGAUUGUACAGUGAAUUUUUUAGCAUGAAAAGCAUCACCACAUUCAACUAAUUUGGGGGAUAAACGUCAUGCAUUAUGUCCAUUCAGAAACUUGAACGGUACCGAAUGCAAGAUUUAGCUACUAGAUACUAGGCUCUUGUCUUAAAGAUACAACUAUGUGAGAGAGUUCAGAAACAUGGUGUGUAACUGCACCUGCGAGAGAAUGGCUGAUGGGCAUGUCUGCUAAAAUGUGACAUUUUAAGUCAUGAAAUUUUGUUUGCUUGUUGGCUGGUUUCAUGAGUUCCUGAUACGUGCUGAAUUGUUGGACAAAUUGUGUUCUCUUGUUUUAUUUUCUUUUUAUAUAUAUAUAUAUAUAUGUCACUGUAGUGGAAGUUGUUGCAGUUUUUUUGUACGUUCCCUGUGGCUGCACUGGCUUAUUAGCACUUAAAUGUGGAUAACCAUUGCAGUUCUGUCGCUAAAAUGCUAGCUCUCCAAUAGAUCUCUUCUUUUUUUUUUUUCUUUCUCUGCAAACCAAUGGGCUGCUCUUUUUUUUUGGUUCGGUUUUAUGUUAGCUCUGUGGUUUUAUUAGGCUGCAACAACGCUGUUAUGCUGGCAUGGCAAAUAAAUAAUAAAUAAAUUAGAUCUAUUUGGAGCAAUCUUAAACUUUCAGUGUAAAUGGCCAGGGUGCACCCUAGUGUCCGUACUGUGAGGUCACAUCCCUCACACCCCUUUGACCUUUCCCCCGUCUGCAGAAACUGGGUCACACAACAGCUUUGAAAGGGCAAAAAGCCCCACAGUUUGUUAUAAAAGUGGAAAGUCUGAAGCUUUAUACUGUAUGAAAACAUUCCAUUUGUAAGAGCAGCUACCCGACCUUAUUGUGCGAUUGAACCUACGUGGCUGUUUUGACUGUGUUACUUUACAGGCGACGUAGAAGAUGAAGAAUGGGUAUUUAAAAAACAAACCCUCAACUUGCAGCUGUUAGAAUUCAUUUUUGAAAAAAUGCAUAAAAAAAAUAAAACUAGCAUAUUGUCUGCUCACCAUUGUGAAACUUCUCUGCCCCCCCCUCCCCAAGUCCUCCUCCCCUGAUGUCAGCUACCCCCUCCAGUGUUUUUCUGUGCUCCCCCUUUCCUAACCUCCUCCCCCCAGCCCCACUUUGCCUGUGUAAGUGUAUUUAAAAGACCAUGUAGAUGUGUGCACACUUUCCAAUGUUUGAGACGUA